UUGUAAAGCUAAAGAAACUAAGGGCGUCAACGCCAACAGAAAUUCGAAAUCAAAACCAAUCUCCCACACCCCCACAACAAUGGCGAUAAUAUUGGCAAAAAUAGACUGAAUUCAAAUCUCUCAUUCUUCAUUUCCACCAUUUCCUCUUUCCCUUUUCCCCCUUUCAUAUCCCUCCAUUCAUAGUAUUAGACAAUUUUUUCUCAAAUUUCAUCCCCAAAUCCUCACAAGAGGGGCUGGAGAUGAAAAAAAUGCCUAGAGGAUCACCACAUUUUAUCUCAUUCUUAUCGUCGUCAAUCAUGGCCAAUAUCCUCGUGGCGUUUAUUUGCCUCAUUAUUUUUAGCCCCUCGAGUAUAAUGCCCGUUUCAGCACAAUCAGAUACUGCAUCUGCAAAAUCUUUUCCAGCAUUUACCCCAUCAGAUAAUUACCUUGUUGAUUGUGGAUCCACUUCCCCUACUACUCUUUCAGGAAAUCGCGCGUUUCAACCAGAUCAAAAUACAGCUAAAUAUUUAGCCUAUAGCGGACGUGACAUUCAGGCUUCUGCACCAGACAACAAUAAUAAUGUACCUUCACCUAUAUACCUCAACGCGAAGAUUUUCAAUAGUGAAGCUACGUACACAUUUCACGUGACAAAUCCAGGAUUGCAUUGGAUCCGUCUUCACUUUUUCCCUUUACAAAAUAACGAAUUUAAUCUCCAAACUGCUAAAUUCUCUGUUUCAACAGAUAAAUUAGUCCUUCUACGCGACUUCCAAAUGGAAAAAAACGAAGCAAUUAUGAAAGAGUUUCUUGUAAAUGUCACUACAGAACGUUACGCUAUUAAAUUUCAGCCUUCUGAAGGGUCCAUUGCAUUUAUCAAUGCAAUUGAGUUUGUUACUGUUCCAAGCCAAGUACUUGACUACUCUGUCCCUCUACUUUUCCCCGUUUCGCAAAAAUUUGAUCUCUCCAAUAGUAAUUUCGAAACAACCUAUAGGCUUAAUAUGGGAGGUUCAUUUCUUGAUGCUACAAAUGAUACUUUAGGGAGAAAUUGGUUACCUGAUUCACCGUUCCGUAAUAAUGCCACAGGACAGGUUGUUUCUGUUCAAUCAUCUGCUAUUCAAUAUCCUACACCGGGAGGUUCGCCUUUGAUUGCUCCUCCUACAGUUUACAGUACUGCAGUAAAAAUGGCAGAUUCAGAAACUACUAUUCCCAAUUUCAACAUAUCAUGGACGAUGGAUAUUGAUACCGCGUAUUCAUACCUCAUUCGCCUUCAUUUCUGCGAUAUCAUUAGCAAAGCGCUCAAUGAGCUGUAUUUCAAUGUGUACAUUAAUGAUAAGAUGGCAAUUUCCGGGCUAGACUUGUCAUCUUUGACUAAUAAUCAUUUGUCUACAGCUUUUUACAAAGAUUUUGUGGUAGAUUCCUCUUCAUCAUCCAAUCCGCUCAGUGUAAAGGUUUCUCCAGUAAAUGAUGUCCAAGGAUUCAGGAACGCGAUCUUGAAUGGUCUUGAGGUUUUUAGGAUGAAUAAUUCUUUGGGUAGUUUUGAUGGAGAAUAUGGUGUUAAUGGUAAGAAGAGUAGUGGGCCAAGCAAAACAGUGGCUUAUGUUGGUUUUGCAAUGAUGUUUGGAGCCUUUGUAGGAUUAGGUGCUAUUGUUUUCAAGUGGCAAAAAAGGCCUCAAGAUUGGCAAAAGAGGAAUAGUUUCUCCUCUUGGUUGCUUCCGCUCCACGCUGGAGAUACAAGUUUUAUGGCAAGCAAGGCUUCAUUGUCGCGCAAGAGCCAAUUUUUCUCUUCAACAAUGGGAUUAGGCCGGUAUUUCUCUUUUGCUGAAUUGUCAGACGCCACCAAUAAUUGGGAUUCGAAUGCUAUAAUUGGCGUUGGUGGCUUUGGAAAUGUGUAUUAUGGAGAAAUUGACGAUGGUACCAAAGUUGCUGUUAAGAGAGGCAAUCCACAAUCCGAACAAGGCAUCAAUGAGUUUCAGACCGAGAUUCAGAUGUUGUCCAAGCUCAGACAUCGCCAUCUGGUGUCGUUAAUUGGUUAUUGUGAUGAAAACACGGAGAUGAUAUUGGUUUAUGAGUUCAUGCAAAAUGGUCCAUUCAGAGAUCAUUUAUAUGGAAAGAACUUACCACCUUUGUCCUGGAAGCAAAGGCUAGAAAUUUGCAUUGGCUCCGCUCGUGGGCUUCAUUACCUCCACACGGGUGCAUCUACAGCGAUAAUUCACAGAGAUGUCAAAACCACCAACAUUCUUCUCGAUGAGAACUUAGUCGCAAAGAUGGCUGAUUUUGGGCUAUCAAAGGAUUGCCUUUCCACGGAAAGUCAUGUAAGCACAGCUGUGAAGGGAAGUUUCGGGUACCUUGAUCCUGAGUACUUCCGCAAGCAGCAACUAACAGACAAGUCAGAUGUGUACUCAUUCGGGGUAGUACUUCUAGAAGCCUUAUGCGCUCGUCCUGCAAUUAAUCCAGCACUUCCAAGAGAGCAAGUGAACUUGGCAGAAUGGGCAUUGCAAUGGAAGAGAAAAGGAUUGUUGGACAAGAUAGUUGAUCCCAAUCUUGUGGGACAAAUUAAUCCAGAGUCAAUGAAGAAAUUUGCUGAAGCAGCAGAGAAGUGUUUGGCAGAAUGUGGUGCUGAUAGGCCAAGUAUGGGUGAUGUGCUGUGGAACUUGGAAUAUGCUUUGCAGCUGCAAGAAGCCUCAUUACAAGGAAAAACUGAGGAAGAAAAUAAAACAUCUGCUGCUCCGGCCUCUCCUGCUAUAGUUGCCCCUACUCCUGCCCCGGCCUCUGCACCUUCCACUCCUGAUAACCGACCAAUUUCUUCACCCGAGCAGACAAGAAAUUCUGCUGAACUUCAAACAGUUGACGAUCAUUCAGGAACUGCAAUGUUUGCUCAAUUUGCUGAACUUAACGGGCGAUGAAUGCCACAAUCACUUUGACAGAGAUUAUAAUAGAAAAAUCUCAAUUGGUGUAUCUCAGCUGAAAUAUAUAUAUGUAUAUAUAGUUGGAGCCAGCUCUUUUACUGCGACUUCUCUGAAUGAGUCACAAUAGCUGGCGGACAUGUUUUUGAUUGUUUUGCAUUCCGAACAUGAAAUGCUGGAUGUGUAGAUGGAAAAAAGUUUGUGAACUGAAUAAUAAUGUACUAUUGUAUAGUAUUAUUUACUUCAUAGUUUCUCUUA